GUGCAAACGUAAAUAAACAGUUCCUAGAAUUACAUGUCAUUGUUUUUGCGGACAUUGCGUUAAUUUUGAAUGUAAUGAAACCUUUAACUUUCUAAUGGACAGGCGCUUAAACAUGAAUGUAGUUUUAGCACUAAAAAAGGACAAUAACAUCCUUAAUAUGGUUCUUAACGACUGUUUUCAGGGCUUUCAGACAUCAAAAACUACUAAUGCGAACACUACGUAUUCAUACAAGUUAACGCGCAACCAGUCCUGAGCACUUCAAAUACGGAAUCCCCGUUUAGAACUAAGCUACUCAAGGUCGUGGAGGUAGAUCUGACCCUGACCUAGCUUUUCAUCUAUCCUGACUUUUAAAGCUUAACAGUUAUCUAUGCUGGACAUGUCGAAUCUUCCAGAUUACAAGAUAUAAAAACAUUCAAGAAGACUAUUGAACCGACUAGAUCGAGUACAGCCAGAAUACUGCCCAUUGGACGUUAUUAAGGACCUUGAACGGUACCAAAACAUCAAGGAGUGAGCUCCGUAUGAGAUUUUCUCAGGUGCUUACAUCUAAUGUCAGAACUGUUAUUAUUGGACCUCCUGGUUCAGGAAAGGCUACCAUCUCUUUGCGUUUACAGAAAGACUUUGCUUUGAAAUAUAUCUGCUGUGGCGAUAUGCUAAGAAACCAUGUUGCUUUAAAAACAGAUAUUGGGAAGCAGGUAAGCAGGUUUGUCCAGAAUGGUUCACUUGUUUCGGACAGUUUAGUCACUAAAAUGAUGAUUGCUGAGUGUCAAAGUUAUGCAAGCGAUAACUUACUUAUUGAUGGAUUUCCGAGGACUAUGAUACAAGCUGAAGACGUUCAAAAACAACUUCCUGUCAGCUGUGUUCUUUGCUUAGAUGUACCCUUUGAAGAAAUCAUAAAUAGAAUCAGUGGGAGAUACACUCAUGUCCCAAGUGGUAGGACGUACAAUGAUAAUUUUAACCCUCCGAAGCGCAAACUUUUACUCAUUGCUAUUAUAUUGUAUCUUAACAUUUAAUUUUUGUGACCAAUACGGCUUGGAUCUUUAAUACCUUUGGGUGUACUGGUAAGUUGUGUGCGUAAUGAAUUUCCCGUUUUGAUCAUCAUCGUCCAUGUAGAUUUAAGUUCAUUAGUACUAACUUUUGCAGAUUUUCCGUUCUUAUGAGUUCAGAAUCAACCGUAAGUUUAUUUCGUCUCGUUUCCAAGAGGGUUUGGUAAAAACACUGGUUAGUCUCUUUCCCUGAGCCAUGAAUAAUUGGGCUCGAAACAGUACACAAACAUUUACUAGGUAAGUGAAUUACGUCAUGAUGCUGCCACAAAAUAAUUACAGUUUACACGGUCAGUUGGCAAGUCGAUCUAUGAUUCUCGUCAACUGAAGUGAUUAGGAUGUGUAUUACAUAUGCUUAACUAUCAUGCUUACUUUAAAUACGUUGAAAGCAACUUAGGGAUAAUCAAACUAAGACAACCUUAGCUCAUGAAGCCAUUGAUUGUUGGUUGAUUCGGACUACCUGAUUCAGGUGCGCGUGAUAACUGCGAUCAGUGGUUGGAGACUUUGGGCAAUAAGAUGUUGCAUCGUCCAUAAUUGUACAGAUGCGUUCACUGCUUAUCUUCUUGAUCUUGAGUCCCAGGAUCUAUACAUACAUGCCUUUUCCACUCUGCCUAUCAGGGCCAUAUUCUUAUUCAAUCUGUCACCGUAAGUAUCAUAGUAUUUCGAUCGCUUUGGCUGUUCAUCUUAGUUUCAUGUUUUCGUAAUAUUAUGGUAAGACAACUGCGGCCGAUAUACAUCUUUGCCAGCUUCUAUGUUGAUAGUGACUGACUGACAUCUAGUAAUAAAAUCAAUUAUCUUCCUGUUAAUUCACCACCUUUAUAAAGCGUUGGAGAGACACUAGAGAGUUAGAGACAAUAAAUAAUAUGCUUAGAUUUGUUGGUUGUAUACUUCUAAAUUAGUUAGGCGUUAAGGUACAACAAUCCUUCAGUAGGUUCAUGGGAAUUAAUGACGGGAAGUCUCACUAUAAAGAUUUUCUUCCUAUGUCUUGUUAUGUGGCAUUUUACUCAUUGAUUUAUAUUACUAACACUUGUGAGAUAAAAUGCUACUACUCACUGUAUAUUGAUCAUACCAUUACCAUAAAAGUUUGGGAGUUUUAAUUUUUUGGUGAUUUUAACAAUUCUAGAAACAUACCAUUAUGUGCUUGCUGCUAUUUCGAUGUGAAAAAAAUUUAGUGGGUGUAUUUAGCAAUAUUAUAAGCGUCUUGGAUCCAACUCAUUUAGUGAGCUCAAACAGUAUUUAUUUCUGCGUAUUUCUGUCACUUAGUGAUGAGCAGUCUUUCCUUCACUUGUAUGUAAGGUUAGCCAAAUGUAUGUUCGAUCUUCGUAAAUAUAGUCACUGCUUUGUGGAAAAAUGUAUGUUAGUUGGGGGUUGAAUUUAAGCUUUACAAGGAAAAGAUAAUUACUAUUGUCAUUCACAAGUGGUUCUCUUAUUUUAAUUCUGAUCACAUCCACAGAAGAAUACCGGGAUUACCUGGGUUGCUGUCUUAUCCCUAACUUCAUUUCACUGACCGUAAAUAUUCGAUGUUCCGUAAAUUAGACGAAAAUAGUAUGUAAUCCGAUAACUUUUUAUUGUGUCAGCUUAAGCUUAACAGAUAAGAUGUUGAAACAAGUCAUCCAAUAUGUGUUACAGUUCCGUUGCAGUCAAAACCGUGCUGUGUUUACGGGGGUUUUGUGUUUAUAUUUGCGUUCGUCUCCAAUGUCCUGUGUUCAUGUUGGAGAAAUAUAGUCAUCAGUUUAUAACUUAAUGUAACCCAUGAACCAUCCUCUUCUAUCACUACUUUUAUUUUGAAAAUAGGGAUUUGAUGAUGUGACUGGAGAACCUCUAAUACGCAGAGAUGAUGAUGACCUGAUAACUGUUCGUAAACGUUUGGAUGUUUAUCAACUUUCUACUUUACCAUUGCUUGAUUAUUACGGAAAACAGAAGAUUUUACAUAUAUUCCAUGGAUGUCGUACAAAUGAAAUUUGGCCUCAAGUGUAUAAGAUUUUCUCUCAAUUUGUUAAACCUGUACAGUGUACUGAAUAUGAUACGAAUUAAAGUUUCUUUAUUGUCAUUAUUAUCACACUCCUCUUUUAGUAUUAUCGUAGUUGUACUUUUUAUAUUUAUUUGCAUAAGACUCUAAUUGGAGAGUUCUUCGUAUUAUUAUUGUCAAGUAAAAGAUGUAGCUGAUUUCUAUGCAUUAGUAUUAACGAAAAUAGCAUGUUAAUUGACCACUGAUGUACAGUAAUAC